UCUCGGGAGCAGCAGCUUCUAAACUGUGGGCGUUUUUUUUCUUCCCUUCCUCAAUCUUUUUUCCUUUCUGGGUGUUGCCUGCCUCCAACUUCCACCGGUUUGUCGCAAGAGAAACAGGAACGAGACGGAUUUUUCUAUAACCACAACAUUUAUCAACUUGGACCGCGUUCGAGGCCCUCCCCGGCACACUUUGUUUGUACUUCUCGGCCAACUCCGGACUUGUUUUACUUUAGCCGCCGUUAGCCCGCUAAGCUAACCGGGGAUCGAGCCGCUGUAGCCUUCGCUAGCGAGACGGACGUCCGAUGCAGGCCAUUAAGUGUGUGGUGGUGGGGGACGGGGCUGUGGGGAAAACAUGCCUGCUCAUCAGCUACACUACCAAUGCCUUCCCUGGAGAGUACAUCCCCACCGUCUUCGACAACUACUCUGCAAAUGUGAUGGUUGAUGGGAAACCAGUGAACCUGGGCCUGUGGGACACAGCGGGGCAGGAAGACUACGACCGUCUCCGGCCUCUGUCCUACCCUCAGACGGAUGUUUUCCUGAUUUGCUUUUCACUCGUCAGUCCAGCCUCCUUUGAAAACGUCCGUGCCAAGUGGUACCCUGAGGUGAGACACCACUGCCCAAACACACCCAUCAUCCUGGUGGGCACCAAGCUGGAUCUGAGAGACGACAAGGACACUAUCGAAAAACUCAAGGAGAAGAAACUCUCCCCGAUCACCUACCCUCAGGGCUUGGCCAUGGCUAAAGAAAUAAGUUCGGUGAAGUAUCUGGAGUGCUCCGCUCUGACGCAGCGCGGCCUGAAGACGGUGUUCGACGAAGCCAUCAGGGCGGUCCUGUGCCCCCCGCCCACCAAGCAGAGGAGGAGGAAGUGCAGAAUAUUGUAAGGGACUACAGGGGGGGGGGAGGAGAGGACGGCUGGGGGCCUCAAAUAUCUCGCCCCUCGUGUCCUUGCUCACAUAGAAGCUCCGGUAGUUCGUACUUCCAUCUGAAAAACGUCACAGAUUCAAGCGGCGCUGAAGUUUCCGUUGUUAACUUACAUCUGUUUAGUUUGUUCAGUUUGACGUAAACACAUUGAUUUCUGUUAAGGCCUUUGGGGGAUGUGAGGGGGGGGUUGAUUAAGGAGGAUUUUUAGAAAAAGUACAACAUGUGUGUCAUUUUCUCAGACACUACAGACAAACAUUACUCGAGUGAUUUUAUCAUGAACUCACAGUAGAUUCCCCUCCCAGUGGAGGUGGUGCUGCACACUAAGAUUCCUGCUGCCUUGGUGACACUAGUUUGAGAGGAAAAUGUUGUUUGGAAGUUCUAAUGUCUCCUUUCCAUCGUCAUGCCAGCUGUGGUUUAGAGGCCCUUCUGUUUACGUGCGUCUUCUGGCUGGUCAACAGUUGUCCCUUUGUAGUCCCUCCAGGAAACCACAACGUCUCCUCCUUUUUUCAUUUGGUACCAGGGGGCUUCAGCCGGUUUUAUGAUGUCUAGGAGCCGGCGUAUUCUCGAUUGAAUGUUGCAAACAGAUUUAAAUGUUUUUGUUAUACAAUAUGAGCGUUUCCUAUUCAGCAAAUACAUUUUAUUUUAUAAUGAGCAAUGAUCAAAUUGCACGGGUGCUCCGGGGUUCCACUGUGUAAACUCAUUUUAUCAGCUUCAGUGGAAAUGCUCACUUGCAUUUACUUUCAUGCUAAAUGCGAUUUGGUUUCCGCUGUAAUGUGGUGAUUUCUUUACUUUUUUUUUUUAAGCAAAUAAAUUCCUCAAAAAAGCUUUGAAAAAAAAUUCUGUCCAAACUUCAGUUAAUGAACACAAAACUGCUAGUACUGACUUUAGUACUUUUAUACUCAUUGUACCUUUGAGAAAGUAACCAGUAAAAUGCUUCGGUGUUUGUAGCCAUGCUAGCUUCAUGCUAGCUUCAUGACUCAUCUGUUAAACAUCAGCAUACUGUUGCUCGGUGAAUUUCUUUAGCAUGUCGAUGAUGAAAAUGUUGUCUUCUGUUGAUUUACUUUAUUAUUGGUCAAGUAACGCUUUUACUUUAUAAAAUUAUACAGGAUUAGUGUUUUUAUUUUUUCAAGAUGGAUAAAAUGAAGUAUGAGAGCCACAAGGGAAGUCAACUUUUUUUCAAAUGUAACCACAAUGGCAGUUUAUGUAAUUUCAUUAAAGUAAAAAAAUGAAAAUCCAA